GUGGUCUUAAAGGUGCUGGGAAGCAAGGAUUUUGGUACUUUGUCGUCGGCACGCAGUGUUUGGCCAGCACGCCGGGACACUGCUUGCCACUUGCUACUUGCAGCAAUUAUUAAACGAGUUGUAACAAACAUAAGACCGGUGACGCUCAUCAGCAAAACCUGAGAAGUGAAGACCUGGUUUACAAAGCUUGACUGUAGGCACCACCUACAAAGCACCAUACAAUAAUGCACGUAUAGUAGACGCCGCCGGAGCGAGCUCGCUCAGAAAGAAAACCCCAUCCGCCGGGUUCGGCCGGCGCGAGCGCUGAAUACCUGGACUUAAAAAUGGUGGCGCCGGACUACAGUGUCAGCCCCGGCCUGCUGCCCGGCAUGGGCGCGGACGAGGCCCGGGUGCGCGCCAUCGCCGAGGUGGUGUCGCUGCUGGUGGCGGGGGUGCGGGAGGGGCGAGACGUGGACCUCAACCAGCUCAAGUGCGAGGUCAGCCGGCGCUACAAGCUGGCGCGCUCGCCCAAGCUAGUGGAGAUCAUAGCGGCGCUUCCCGAGGAGCACCGCACCACGCUGCUGCCCAUGCUGCGAGCCAAGCCCGUACGCACCGCUUCGGGCAUUGCGGUGGUGGCGGUCAUGUCCAAGCCGCACCGCUGCCCGCACAUCGCCACCACCGGCAACAUCUGCAUCUACUGCCCCGGGGGCCCCGACUCGGACUUUGAGUACAGCACUCAGUCGUACACGGGGUACGAGCCCACCAGCAUGAGGGCCAUACGGGCGCGGUACGACCCGUACGUGCAGGCGCGCGGUCGGGUGGACCAGCUGCGCAAGCUGGGUCACGUGGUGGACAAGGUGGAGUACAUCCUCAUGGGCGGCACCUUCAUGUCGCUGCCAUCUGACUACCGCGACUUCUUCAUUCGCAACCUGCACGACGCGCUCAGCGGCCACGCCAGCAGCUGCGUGCGCGAGGCUGUGCGCUACAGCGAGGAGAGCCGCACCAAGUGCAUCGGGCUCACCAUCGAGACGCGGCCCGACUACUGCCAGCGCGCCCACCUGUCCGACAUGCUGGCCUACGGCUGCACGCGGCUGGAGAUCGGGCUGCAGUCCAUCUACGAGGACGUGGCCCGGGACACCAACCGCGGCCACACGGUGGCGGCGGUCAAGCAGUGUUUCGUGCAGGCCAAGGACGCCGGAUUCAAGGUGGUGGUGCACAUGAUGCCGGACCUGCCGGCAGUGGGCUGGGAGCGCGACAUCGAGUGCUUCCGCGAGUUCUUCGAGAACCCGCACUUCCGCACCGACGGCCUCAAGCUCUACCCCACACUGGUCAUCCGCGGCACGGGGCUGUACGAGCUGUGGAAGCGGGGGCUGUACAGGAACUACCCGCCCGACAAGCUGGUGGACCUGGUGGCGCGAGUGCUGGCGCUGGUGCCGCCCUGGGUGCGCAUCUACCGCAUCCAGCGCGACAUCCCCAUGCCGCUGGUGACGGCGGGCGUGGAGAAGGGCAACCUGAGGGAGCUGGCGCUGGGGCGCAUGGCCGCACUGGGGCUGAGGUGCAGGGACGUGCGCACGCGCGAGGUGGGCAUCCAGGACAUCCACAGCAACAGCGCCGUGAGGCCGGACCAGGUGGAGCUGCUGCGGCGCGACUACGCCGCCAACGGGGGGUGGGAGACCUUCCUGGCGUACGAGGACCCGCGACAGGACAUCCUGGUCGGGCUACUGCGGCUGCGCAAGCUGGCGGGCCCCGACUCCAGCCGCCAGCCGGAGCUGCUGGGCGCUGUGUCCAUGGUGCGUGAGCUGCACGUGUACGGCACGGCGGUGGCGGUGCACGCCCGCGACAGCGCCAACUUCCAACACCAGGGCUACGGCAGCCUGCUUAUGGCGGAGGCGGAGCGCAUCGCGGCGCGCGAGCACCGCUCCGUCAAGAUCGCGGUCAUCUCGGGCGUGGGCACGCGCCACUACUACCGCAAGCUGGGGUACCACCUGGAGGGCCCCUACAUGGUCAAAUACCUGGUGCCGGGACCGGCGGGGGCGGGAGCGGGAGCAGAGGGGAAGGAGGGGGUGAAGGGAGGGGCAGGGUUCGUGCCGCGGGAGGUGGUGCCGGCGGUGCGGGCGGCGCGGGUGCGGAAGGAGGACGGCGGCGAGGAGGGCGGCAAGGCGGGGGCGGGGGCGGGGAGGGAGGAGGAGCGGCAGGCGCUAGCGGCGGCAGUGCCCGCGCCGCAGCUGUCGAUGCAGCCGGCGUGCAGGCGGCGGCGGACGGUGGCGCGCGCAUGCCGCGUUGCGGGGCAGUAGCGGGCGGGGCUGCGGUGCCCGCAUGCGGCGGCAAUGCGGCGAGGAGGAAGGCAGCCGGUCUAGUGGCAGGCGGGGUAGCUGACGCACGCAUGCUGGCACUGAGCCAGUGGGGGCCACCGUAAACAGCUGAGGGCAAGUGCCGGGGGCGCCGGGUGUGUCGGCUGUUGUGCGGCUGACCGACUGCACCGCCGGCGCGAGGGGCCGGCGGGACUGUGGCCGUGUGGGGCAGCACAGGCAGCGGCUGCUGCCAGCUCUCAGGCAUCAUGCCGCGCACAGCUGAUGGCAGGGAAGCAGGGAAGCAGGGAGAGGAAAAGAGUGCGGCCCGUGUGGGUGUACGUGUUGGGGCGCGGCGGCGCUGCAGAGUGCAGGCGUCGAGACGAAUCGCGCAAGUGUUUGCCGCAUGUCAGGCGCAGUUGCUGGGCUGGAAAGCGCAUCGCUGACAUUCGCGUCGGGCUGGUGCGGCGGUUUAGACAGCUGUCAGGCAGGGGCCAUGGCAGGGGCCCGCCGCUUCACAUAGUUUUGGAAGGCGGGUGGUGGAGCGGCUUGCCGUGUUGAGCGGCCAUACCAGCACAGAGAGUUGCUUGGCCAUAGCAGCUGAGGAGAAGGUUGCACCUGUAAAUCUCUGAUGCU